AUGGUCACGCCCACAACCCCAACACCAACUCUACAAACUUCUGCUCUUACACCAAUAACCUCUUUUGUGUCCCACGCAGCAAUUUACGAGACGUCAAGCGCCAUGCCUCCUACCAACGAAGCACCGCAGCUCACUGGCAUUGCAGAGCGUCGACAACAAGCGCUGCUACAGCAGCAGCAAAGCCAGCAGCAAGCAGACAGAAUCACUCAAUCCAGAGUGCGCCGCUUCGUUGACUCUCUCGUUCGCUCUCUCGCCUUUCUUCGCAGCGAUGCGCGUUCUCGUCAGCAACCAACCUCUCCACCGACCUCUCCUCCAGUGACUCCACCAGGACCCGUCCCUUCUCGUCCUCAAAUCCAUCAUGUCAGCCACGAGCGGGUCCAGCGUCCAGGAAAAGUCGCUCCUGACAGUGCCCAGGCCCUCCUAUCAUGGACAACCAACCACCUGAUGCCCGUACUCCUCACCAACCCAGGCUUCGCCAGCACCGCCGAGUUCGCAGAAGGCUGCUCAAUCUGCCACGAGCCCUACUCCCUGACCUCCCCAUCCCACAUGCCCAUUCGCAUCGCCAACGUCCGCGGCUGCCAGGAGCACGUCUUCGGCAACUCCUGCAUCAUCAAGUGGAUCACCUCUGGACUCAGCAACGCCAACACCUGCCCCAUGGACCGCGCCCGUCUCGGUGCACCCAUCAUGACGGAGCGCGAGCGCGACUCCGAAGUCCUCGCCAGCAUCAUGAACGGCGGGUCUGGCACCGGCGGCGCCAACACCAUGAGCUGGGGGAUGCUGCCUCCGCCCGGAUACACGCCCGCGCAGCUGGGCUACGUCGGAGGCCCCAGGUUCGCCAGCAACUACGGCGAGAGCUUCUACCACGCCGCCGCAAGCGCAAGCGCAACAGCGACCGCAAACAUGGCGCACACGCAGUACGUAUACCGGCGCGACACCCCCAGCCCGGAACCCGUCAUCCAGGCUCCCACGAGAGAUGACCCCAUGAUUCACCUUUAUAGUCACAAUCACCAGUACCACGUUGCGACCGCAACCGCAGCCGCCCCAGCUCCAGCCCCAGCUCCCCCAGCUCCGGCUCCAGCCCCUGCCCCAGUCCCAGAUGCCACCUCCAUCGAAGCCCUCAUCCUAGCCGCAAUCCGCGAACUCGCGGCCACCUCCCGCUCGCGCAUCGAGCUGCUGGAGGAGUCGCGCGCGCGGGACUUCCCGUCCUCCAACUCCCGCACGCCACUCGACGCGCUCGACCUCUACGACCCGGUCGACAUCCUCGAGGCGCUGGAAGCCCCCAUCAACACGGCCAUGGGCGACCCGAGCUCGAACGCGGCGUACGAUCUCGACUUCGAGGACGACGACAGGAGCGGGGCUGGCACGCCGUACCACGAGGCGCCGGAACCCCCCAACGACGACGACGCUGACGCUGACCGCGCGCAUAGGGAGAGAGUCGAGUCGAUGAUGGAGCAGUUUAGGGAUGCGGUGGAGAUGCUGCCGCCCCCGUCCCCAUCCCCCCGAACAUCCAGCACGGAGGAGGAGGUGGAUGUCGCGGAGAGGUUGUUUGGUGAGCAGCAGCGUGGUUGA